UGAGUAUCUACGAGAUUUAGUUUGGGUUUGGUGACGAGUUGCUUUUAUGCGGGGCCAUACUAUCCAUUAGAGGGAUGUUGACAAUAUACCUGGCACGCGAAAUGUGGUUACAGCCUUAUGAGGUGUCAGAAGUCACAGUUGUGUCAUUAACCCCUCGUGAUCACUUGUUUCCGGAUUAGGUGCUUUCGAUUGUAGUAAGUACUGAUUGUGGCAAGGGUUCGUCCUUUGCUCUCCCUCUCAUCUCCCAGUACUCUUCAGACGAAGCAUACCACAAUUUACUAUGCAUGCUAUUCAGCAACAAUAUUGGGCCGUUCGCGACUAUCUCAGUCCAGUCCUCAAAGAAAGCAAGUUCAAAGAGCACGGACGUAUAACCCCCGAGGAAUUUGUUGCAGCAGGAGACUUCCUAUCAUACAAGUUCCCAGUAUGGACGUGGGAAAAAGGCGACGCGUCCAAAGCCCGCGAUUAUCUCCCCGUUGAGAAACAAUACCUCGUCACUCGUGGCGUCCCCUGCCUUCGACGAGCCACAUCACUGGCUUACACAGACGCUGAUGAAGACGCUGAGCGACUUCUCUCCUUUGGGGAUUCUUCGGGUGCUGCCGAUGAUUGGGUAGAAACGCAUGCAGGGCGAGGGGCCACAGUGGACUCUGCCGCGAACGUAGGCGAGAUCGAUGAUAUCCCGGACUUGGAUGGUGAUGGACUGGCAAGCGCGAUGGCGGAUGUGUCGAUUGCAUCGGAGACGGGCGCUACGGUGGGAGAGACACCGGAUCUAGAUGAUAUCCCUGACAUGGAAGAGGAGGGGCUGGAGGAUGGUGAAGAUGAAGCUACGAUGGCACCGGUUGUGCCCAAGGCAGGCGGCGUCAUCGAUGCAUCGCAGGUGGGGGUCGCAAAUGGCAAUCUCUUGCAAGUACGAACGUAUGACGUGAUGAUCACAUACGACAAGUAUUAUCAAACUCCCCGGAUCUGGCUACUCGGCUAUGACGAAAAUCGCACCCCUCUAACACCAUCGCAGAUCUUCCAAGAUAUCUCAGCAGAUCAUGCUCUCAAGACUGUCACCAUCGAAGCCUUCCCACACUCUUCGACGCUCCAAGCAGCCUCUGUACAUCCGUGCAAACACGCAAGCGUGAUGAAGAAAGUCAUCGAGCGCAUGAACGCAGGUGUGGUAGAAGAACAGCUUGCUGCACGGAAGAAUUCCGGCAAGCAUCAAGACAAGGACGGGAAGAAGAAAUGGGGUUUCGGGCGCAAGGGGACAAAAGAGGAGGGAGUAAAGUCCGGGGGAGAGGAAGAGGAAGUGGAGGGCAUGCGUGUAGACUUUUACCUUGUGGUGUUCUUGAAGUUCAUCGCUUCUAUCGUGCCUACGAUCGAGGUGGACUCGACGACUGCGUUUUGAGGAUGUUUUCAUGGAGGAUAUAUCCGCUGGAUUUUUGGUGCAGUUAACAGUAAGUAAUAGUUGUGCUAUGACGGGUGUGUAUGUACUAUAGAAAUUAUGUAGAUUUUGAUGUACGCUCGUAGUUACUCAGGGCACAUGAUUCACCCGAUUCUGUGCCUCUGGGUGAGAACGCCGCCAGUCGAUCGCACCGUGCCUGCCGCGGCCGGCAUCGAGACCCGUGAUGCCAACAACCUUUCCCAGGCACCAGCUAUCGGCGUACACAGACUCGUACAAUGAACUACCUUGUAUACACUUGGAGUCCAGUAGACAUUCAAUUGAUUUUCUGCAGAUUUAUGCAUGAAUGCAUAAAGCUUUAUGUCAAACCCGGGCCCCGUCCGUGUCGUGUCUGCCCCAUGUCCAUGCCUGUGUCAAGCUUCAUCC